AUGAGCGAUGUUCCAGGUUUCGGUAAAGCGCUGGUCAUCAUCACCGGCGCGUCGCGAGGCUUUGGUCGGGCUCUGGCUCUUGAGAUCGCGGCUCGUGUGGACGCAGCAGGUUCGGUUCUGAUUCUGGCGGCUCGAUCAGAGGUUAAACUGCACGAGUUACAGACGCAUGUGACUCGCGUCGCGUCCGAACUCACUGUGCGCUGCGUGACGGCGGAUUUAUCGCGUAAAGAAGACGUCGAGCGCGUUAUUACAGUGAUCAGAGAAACACAAUGUGCUGAUAUUGAUCAUCUGCUGCUCUUCAAUAAUGCAGCUUCUCUCGGUGAUGUGUCGCGUUAUGGUCGUGACUUCACGGAUGUGGAUGAGGUGGACUCAUAUCUUUCGUUUAACGUGAGUUCUGCGCUCUGUCUGACCACUGGAGUCCUGCGCGUGGUCCCGCGGCGCGUCGGUUUGACGCGCGUCAUCAUCAACAUCAGCUCACUGUGCGCGAUCAAACCGUUCGCGUCGUGGGUUCUGUACUGCACGGGGAAAGCGGCGCGAGAGAUGAUGUUCCGCGUGCUGGCGGAAGAAGAACCGGACCUCAGAGUCUUGAGUUACGCGCCAGGACCUCUGGAUACAGACAUGCAGCUGCAGGCGAGGAGCAGCAGCGCAGACGACAGCGUUAGGAGUGCAUGCAGUGCUGUGCACGCUCAGGGUCAACUGCUCACAUGUGAAGCGUCUGUCAGUAAACUCACGAAGGUUCUGCUGGAGGGAAACUUCACCUCUGGAGCUCAUCUGGACUUCUAUGAUGUAUAGAUUUGAUAAGAAAUAUUAUUGAAUCACAUUCCAAAGUAUCUGAUUGCUGCUCUUAUCAUCUGAGAUUCUGUGUGAAUUGUGCCUUGAUUCUGAUGUCAGCUCAUUUUUAUUACUUAGCCUGUUUGAUUAUAGUCAAGUGAAACCUUCACACAUAUUCCAUAUUUUUGAGGAAUAUAGUGUGUGUGUGUGUGUGUGAUAGAGAGAGAGAGGGAGAGACACACGAUAAUACACUUAGAUUGGUGUGAUAUUCAUGUGUUACUGAGCAACAUCAGAGUCUCCUCAUACAGAAAACACUAAUCACUAAUAAUUAUACUGUCAUUUAGCAUUUCAGGAUUAUAUUAAAGUUUUUAUGUAGACUUCAUUAAUAUUAUUAUAUGUGACCCUGGACAACAAAACCAGAUUUAUGGGCGAAAUUUUCUAAAUGUUUUAAAUAAUCUGAAAGCUGAAUACAUAUUAUUUCUAUUGAUGUAUGAUUUGUUAGAAUAGGACAAUAUUAGGCUGAGAUACAGCUGUUUAAAGCUCAGGAAUCUGAGAGUGCAAAAAAUCUAAAUAUUGAGAUAAUUGUCUUUGAAGUUGUUAAUCAGAGGCGCUGUGGCAGGACAUCCACUCACAAAAAUAAAGUUUUGAUAUAUUUAAGGUAGGAAAUUUACUAAAUAUCUUCAUGGAACAUGAUCUUUACUUCAUAUCAUAAUGAUUUUUACAUAAAAGAAAAAUCGAUAAUUUUUGACCCGUAAAAUGUAUUUUUGUCUUUUACUAAAAAUGUUUCUUUGCUACUUAAGACUGGUUAUGUGAUCAAGGGUCACAUUUGAUAAAUGAUGCCAUUUGUUAAAACUGUGACUCGAUGAUGAUGAGUUUACAUCAGUAUUACCUGCAGACAGAAAUAUAUACUUGAUAGCAAGUUUUCAAUAAAUGCAUUUGAUUAAAAUCA